UUCAAACCGCAUCUGGUUGUAGCGUCUGUAAGCGACAUCUUAUCUUAUCCGAUCUAAAAUACUAUUUCCCCUCUUUCAAGCCCACUCUUCGCUUCAAUAAUUCCAUUUUUAAAUCACACCAAAUCUUCAAAAUUUUAAAGUCAAAGCUAAACCAUAUCUCUUCUUACCGACAUUUCCUGAACUCCUACAAUGGCGCAUAUUUCAGACAAGGAACUCAACGCCGUGACAAGGAGGAUUGCAACCGUCUCAAACCAUCUCCUGCAGGUCGGUUUAGGGUCGAAUUCCAGUUGGAGCCGUGGUUCCAUUGGGUUCUCUAAGGCUUCGAUGAAUGAUAGCUACCGUAGAAUCCAUGGUGAAGUUGCAAGCCAUGAGGUUGAGUGGAAAACUGCUUGUGAUGAGUAUGGGAAAGAAUUCAUCGAUAUUAUUUAUGAAAAGGCCGUCGGUGAAGGCAUUGCGAAGAUUACAAUAAACAGGCCAGAGAGAAGAAAUGCGUUCCGGCCGCAGACGAUCAAGGAGCUUAUACGUGCAUUUAACGACGCCAGGGAUGAUAAUUCCCUGGGAGUCAUAAUCCUCUCGGGGAAGGGAAGCAAGGCAUUUUGUAGCGGGGGUGACCAAGCGUUGCGAAAAGCGGAUGGUUAUGCUGAUUUUGAAAACUUUGGCCGCCUUAAUGUUUUAGAUCUUCAGGUACAAAUUAGGCGUCUUCCGAAACCAGUGAUAGCAAUGGUUGCUGGUUAUGCUGUUGGAGGAGGACAUGUGUUACAUAUGGUUUGUGACCUGACCAUUGCUGCCGAUAAUGCUAUUUUUGGCCAAACUGGUCCCAAGGUAGGAAGUUUUGAUGCUGGUUAUGGAAGUUCCAUUAUGUCUCGUUUGAUUGGACCUAAAAAGGCACGCGAAAUGUGGUUUCUUGCAAGAUUUUACACAGCUUCUGAGGCAGAGAAAAUGGGACUUGUCAAUGCUGUUGUGCCGCUAGAGAAAUUAGAGCAAGAAACAAUUAAAUGGUGCAGAGAGAUCUUAAGAAACAGUCCAACAGCAAUUCGAGUGCUGAAAUCAGCUCUUAAUGCAGUCGAUGAUGGCCAUGCUGGACUACAGGAACUAGGUGGAAAUGCCACACUAAUUUUUUAUGGCACCGAAGAAGGGAAUGAGGGGAAGACAGCAUAUGUUCAGCGUAGACGCCCAGAUUUUUCGAAGUUUCCUAGGCUACCUUAAUCUUUGCAGCCGCAUUUGCAUUAAAAAUGUGGACUCUACCAGUCUACCAGUCUUUGAAUGGUUUCAUACCUAUAAAACAGUCUUUUUUAUGUAAUACCUAUUGUCUGAUCUUGCAAAUUCAAUUUAUCUAUAAUAAGAGUAGUAAAAAUACU